AUGGCGCCGAAUUUUAGUAAAAUUACCUCACGGACCGAUGUAAAAAUCGGGCUGGCUGCCUCUGCAGCCCUCGGUGCCUGGCUUAUUAAGAAAUCUAUAAAUUCAAGAGAACCAAAAAAUUCAAAAGCUGUUCGUUUAUCACCUGAAGAACAAAUACAGUAUAUGAUAAAAGAUAAAAAUAAAAAAGGACCUCGUGCACAAGUUGAUGCUAGGUUUAUUGCUGAAUUUAAAGUAAUAUGGAAGAUUAUGAUGCCAUCUAUGUGGUCAAAAGAAAGUGGCUUCAUGAUGCUCAUAGCUUUGUCUUUAAUAUCAAGAUCAAUGUGUGACUUGUGGUUAAUUCAACAUACAACAUUAGUUGAAGGAUCUAUAAUCACAAUGAAUCACAAAGAGUUUAGAAGAUUAUUAACCCAGUUCUUUAUAUCCAUGCCAGUUAUAUCGUUGGUGAACAACGUAUUGAAAUGGAGUAUAGGCGAGCUGAAAUUAAGACUUAGGACUAAUUUGACAAUGCAUCUGUAUCAACAGUACUUGAAGGGCUUCACGUACUACCAAGUUUCAAACUUAGAUAAUCGAAUAUCGAAUGCAGACCAACUUUUGACGACUGACAUUGAGAGGUUUUGUGACACCGUGGUUGAUCUCUACGGCAACAUCACAAAGCCAAUCCUAGAUAUAAGCAUAUAUUUAUACAGGCUCACUGUCAAUUUGGGAGCUUCUACACCUGGAAUCAUGAUGGUGUAUUUAUUACUAUCUGGAGUAUUUCUAACUUAUCUAAGAAGACCCACAGCCAAGAUGACAGUUCAAGAACAAAAACUUGAAGGUGAAUUCAGAUACGUCAACUCCAGGCUCAUCACUUAUUCUGAAGAAAUUGCCUUCUACCAGGGUAACAAUCGUGAACAGCUAACAUUACUAGCCAGCUACUUCAAAUUGACGAGACACUUGAGAAACUUCCUCAACUUUAGAGUAGGCAUGGGAUUCAUCGACAACAUCAUUGCUAAAUACAUCGCAAUCACGGUCGGCUUCCUGGCCGUAUCGAGGCCUUUCUUCUCUACAACUCAUAACUUACUUACAGCAGGAACUGAAAAUGAUAGAUUUAAGCACUACUACACGUACGGUCGGAUGCUGGUGAAGAUGGCGGAGGGCAUCGGGCGGCUGGUGCUGUCGGGGCGCGAGCUGAGCAAGCUGGCCGGCCUCACCUCGCGCGUCACGCAGCUGCGCACCGUGCUCGACGACGUCAACAAGGGCAACUACACGCGCACCAUGGUCGACAAGAACACGCAGAACGGUACCGCUGAGCUGCCGAUGCUCCUUGCGCCGGGUGCAGGUCGUAUCAUCUACCAGGACAAGAUCAUCCGUUUCGACCGCGUGCCGCUCGUCACGCCCAACGGUGAUGUACUCAUCAAAGAACUUAGCUUCGAAGUUCGGUCGGGUAUAAACGUGCUGGUGUGCGGGCCCAACGGCUGCGGCAAGUCGUCCAUGUUCCGUCAGCUCGGCGAGCUGUGGCCCAUCUUCGGCGGCACGCUCACCAAGCCGCCGCGCGGCAAGCUCUUCUACGUGCCGCAGCGCCCCUACAUGACGCUCGGCACGCUCCGCGACCAGAUAACGUACCCACAAACUCGCGACGAGAUGACUCGACGCCGUCGCUCGGACGACGAGCUCCUUCGGUUCCUGGACAUCGUGCAACUGGAGUACCUCGUCAAUCGGGAAGGAGGCCUCGACGCCGUCGAGGACUGGAUGGACGUACUGUCUGGCGGAGAGAAACAGAGGAUAGCUAUGGCUCGCCUGUUCUACCACGAGCCUCAGUUCGCUAUACUGGAUGAGUGCACCAGCGCAGUCUCCGUUGAUGUCGAAGGUCAAAUGUAUCAGUACUGUAGAGAGGUGGGCAUUUCCCUGUUCACUGUAUCACACCGCAAGUCAUUGUGGAAGCACCACGACCAUUACUUACAAAUGGACGGCCGGGGAGGCUACGUCUUCGAAGAAAUCGACAAUGAGACGCAAGAAUUUGGCUCGUGA